CGUGCCCUGGGCCUGAUCAAUGGGGGAUUACGGCUUCGGUUUACUGCAGACAGCCAACCUGUCCGGAGGGACCGGGGCUGGUAGUACGGGGAGCGGUGGUUUGUUCGGCGGGGGAGCCUUCCGAGCCAGCCCGCAGUUCCCGUCCUUCCUGCCCGGAUACCAGCAGGUCAUGCAGGAUGAGCUGCUGCUUGGGGUGAGCUGUGCCCCGGCUAAGCACGGCCACAUCAAGAACUCCCCGCCGCCUGCCCUGGUGCUGCACGGUGCCCAGGAGCCGGCCAAGCAGCUGGGGCACAAGAGGAAGGAAUUCAGCCUCCAAGAGGGACCCGGCUUCAGGGAGGAGCUGAAGAAACCUGGCGAGGUGAAUAAUCACCGUCAGGGCUCACCCAAAACAGAGGAUCUGGGUGUGGAGGGUCCCGACAGGCUGCUGCCAGCCUCCCCUUCUUUAUCCUCCUCUUCCUCCUCCUCUAGCACUUGCUCUGUCGAGGAGGUGACCGCUGGCGGGGAGCCUCCAUCCCUGGCCCACCAGCUAACGCCCAAAUCCAAGCUACAGAUGGAAGGUCAGGGUGGACAUCUGCACAGCGGGGCCCCUAAUCUCCUGGGUGGCCAUUACUCGAGUUCCCCAGACUUGCCCAACGCUCAGAGCCCCGGAGGAUCUAGUUCUCCCCCAGCCUUGUCCGGGUUCGGUACUCCCUGGUCUGUACAGACCUCAUCGCCCCCUCCAGCACCUCCCCCACAACCCCAGCAACAACAGCCAGCUGCACCCCACCCCACCAGCCAUAACCUGAAUGCCCUGCAGAACCAAGAGCCAGACAGCUUCUACCCAGGCAUCCCCUCUUCCAUCAACCCAGCUUUCUUCCAGAGCUUCUCGACCAUGUCUGCCAACCCCUGUCCUGGCAUCAACGUGCCCGGUUUCGGCAGCCCCUUCUCUGCCCAGAUUAACAUCAGUCAGCAGCAGCAAAGCAGGAGGUCCCCUGUGAGCCCCCAACUGAACCCUCAACACCACCAGGCUGCAGCUUUCCUACAACAGAGGAACACGUACAACCACCACCACCAGCCAAUGAUGAAACAGUCUCCUUGGAGCACCCAUCAGGGUAGUGGCUGGAGCACCGGCAGCAUGUCAUGGGGUGGGGUCCAUGGCCGAGACCACCGCCGCACCGGUAACAUGGGAAUGCCAGGCACCAUCAAUCAAAUCUCCCCUCUGAAGAAGCCCUACUCUGGGAAUGUCAUCGCCCCACCCAAGUUUCCACGCUCCACUCCAGCUCUUAAUCUCAAAUCUUGGACUGAAGACAACGUUUUCAGGACAGACAACAACAGUAACACUCUCUUACCGUUACAGGUAAGGAUGGAUCGGAGCAGAAUGUACGACAGUCUGAACAUGCACUCGCUGGAGAGUUCUCUCAUCGAAAUAAUGAGAGCUGAGCACGACCCCCUGAAAAGUCGUCUGAGCUACCCUCAUCCAGGAACAGACAGCCUUCUGAUGCUAAAUGCAAGGAGUUAUGGGAGAAGACGAGGCCGUUCCUCCCUUUUCCCCAUUGAUGAUGGCCUCCUUGAUGAUGGACACAAUGACCAAGUUCUCAACUCCCCUAACUGCUAUUCCGGACAUCAGAACGGGGAACGCAUAGAGCGCUUUUCAAGAAAAGUAUUUGUCGGUGGUCUGCCACCAGAUAUAGAUGAAGAUGAAAUCACAGCCAGUUUCCGUCGAUUUGGACCACUGGUCGUAGACUGGCCCCACAAAGCUGAAAGUAAAUCUUACUUUCCACCCAAAGGUUAUGCAUUUCUUCUUUUCCAAGAAGAAACCUCUGUCCAAGCACUGAUUGAUGCUUGCAUUGAAGAGGAUGGCAAACUUUAUCUGUGUGUCUCAAGCCCUACCAUAAAGGACAAGCCUGUUCAGAUUCGUCCUUGGAACCUGAGUGACAGUGAUUUUGUGAUGGACGGAUCUCAGCCACUUGACCCCAGGAAAACAAUAUUUGUUGGAGGUGUUCCAAGGCCUCUCAGAGCACUGGAGUUGGCAAUGAUCAUGGAUCGGCUGUAUGGAGGGGUAUGUUACGCGGGUAUUGAUACUGAUCCUGAGCUGAAGUACCCGAAGGGGGCUGGUCGUGUUGCAUUUUCCAACCAGCAAAGCUAUAUUGCCGCUAUCAGCGCUCGAUUUGUUCAGCUUCAGCAUGGCGAUAUUGAUAAAAGAGUGGAGGUGAAGCCAUACGUGUUGGAUGAUCAGAUGUGUGAUGAAUGCCAGGGAGCUCGCUGCGGUGGAAAAUUUGCUCCGUUUUUCUGUGCCAAUGUCACUUGCCUACAGUAUUAUUGUGAGUUCUGCUGGGCGAACAUCCACUCUCGUGCCGGGCGCGAAUUCCACAAGCCAUUGGUGAAGGAAGGCGCCGACCGGCCUCGUCAGAUCCACUUUCGCUGGAACUAAACCUUGCUUACCCCACCACUCACUGAGUAAAGGGUGCAUGUGGCUUACUGUGUUUGAUGAUUAUAACAUGCAGAAGAAAUAAGUGCAUUCUUCUGCUCCUUGCCCCUAAAUACAAUGCAUCUGAUCAGCAGCCAAAACACUACAAGCCUCUUUUUUUUCCCACCAAAACCCUACAUCUCAGGCUUACUAAUAUCUUGGGAUAUUUUUUUUAAU